CCUCUAACCCAGGCUGAGAGUAGCUGCCGUUUCUGAGAAGACGAUUCGUCAGGAGACGCUUGGCGCGGUUUUCCUUUUCUCUCCCCUCUGCGGGCCCUGGUCGUACUUCAGCUGUGCCUAGAGUGUGGUGUGUUCUCGUCUGUCUGCCUGUCUCUCCGCAGAAGGUGCCUGUCGUUGGCCCAGUAGUUCCCUGUCGAAAGUGCCGGCCCCCGCGCCGGCACCGGCCGUAGCCGGGUGGGAAGGCUCAAGAUGGCGUGCCUGUUGGAGACCCCAAUCCGCAUGAGCGUCCUCUCGGAAGUAACAGCUAGCAGUCGCCACUAUGUUGACAGGCUAUUUGACCCUGAUCCCCAGAAAGUUCUACAAGGUGUCAUAGACAUGAAAAAUGCUGUAAUUGGGAACAACAAGCAGAAAGCCAAUCUCAUUGUUUUAGGAGCUGUUCCAAGAUUGUUGUACUUGCUUCAGCAAGAAACCUCAAGUACAGAGCUGAAAACUGAAUGUGCAGUGGUAUUAGGAAGUCUUGCUAUGGGUACUGAAAACAAUGUCAAGUCUCUUCUAGAUUGCCAUAUUAUCCCUGCCUUACUGCAAGGACUACUGUCUCCAGACCUAAAGUUCAUUGAAGCUUGUCUUCGCUGCCUGCGCACCAUCUUCACCAGUCCUGUCACACCAGAGGAGCUACUGUAUACAGAUGCCACGGUGAUACCGCACCUCAUGGCGCUGCUUAGCAGGUCCCGCUACACCCAGGAGUACAUCUGUCAGAUCUUCUCACACUGCUGUAAAGGUCCAGAUCAUCAAACUAUUUUAUUUAACCAUGGUGCAGUUCAGAAUAUUGCUCACCUACUAACCUCAGUAUCUUACAAAGUUCGAAUGCAAGCACUGAAAUGCUUCUCAGUUUUAGCUUUUGAAAACCCCCAGGUAUCGAUGACCCUGGUAAAUGUUUUGGUUGAUGGAGAAUUGUUACCACAAAUUUUUGUGAAGAUGUUACAGAGGGAUAAGCCUAUUGAGAUGCAGCUGACAUCAGCAAAAUGUUUAACUUACAUGUGUAGAGCUGGAGCAAUUCGGACAGAUGACAACUGUAUUGUAUUAAAGACACUGCCUUGUUUGGUUCGAAUGUGCAGUAAGGAGAGAUUACUAGAGGAGAGAGUUGAAGGAGCUGAGACACUCGCCUAUCUGAUUGAACCAGAUGUUGAGCUACAGAGAAUCGCUAGCAUAACUGAUCACCUCAUUGCCAUGCUUGCUGAUUAUUUCAAGUAUCCCAGCUCAGUGAGUGCCAUCACUGAUAUUAAAAGGCUUGAUCAUGACUUAAAACAUGCUCAUGAACUCCGCCAGGCUGCAUUCAAGCUCUAUGCCUCUCUAGGAGCAAAUGAUGAAGACAUCCGGAAGAAGAUCAUUGAGACUGAAAAUAUGAUGGACCGAAUUGUGACUGGCUUGUCUGAGUCUAGUGUCAAGGUGCGGUUAGCUGCCGUCAGAUGUUUGCACAGUUUAUCUAGAUCUGUGCAGCAGCUUCGAACCAGUUUCCAGGAUCAUGCUGUGUGGAAACCUUUAAUGAAGGUUUUACAAAAUGCACCAGAUGAAAUCCUAGUAGUAGCAUCUUCCAUGCUAUGUAACCUUCUUCUUGAAUUUUCUCCAAGCAAAGAGCCAAUUUUAGAGUCUGGAGCUGUAGAACUACUUUGUGGAUUAACCCAAAGUGAAAAUCCCGCUUUGCGAGUAAAUGGAAUUUGGGCGUUAAUGAAUAUGGCAUUUCAAGCUGAACAAAAAAUAAAAGCAGAUAUUUUACGAAGCUUGAGUACUGAACAGCUAUUCCGGUUAUUAUCAGAUUCAGAUUUGAAUGUGCUGAUGAAGACAUUGGGACUUCUUAGAAAUCUCCUCUCUACUCGGCCUCAUAUAGAUAAAAUAAUGAGUACUCAUGGAAAGCAAAUUAUGCAAGCUGUCACCCUUAUUCUGGAAGGGGAACAUAACAUUGAGGUCAAAGAACAGACACUGUGCAUCCUAGCCAACAUAGCAGAUGGGACAACAGCAAAAGAACUUAUUAUGACCAAUGACGACAUCCUGCAGAAAAUCAAGUAUUACAUGGGUCAUUCACAUGUGAAACUGCAGCUUGCCGCUAUGUUUUGUAUAUCAAACCUCAUAUGGAAUGAAGAGGAAGGUUCACAAGAACGCCAGGAUAAAUUACGGGACAUGGGCAUCGUAGAUAUUCUACACAAACUGAGUCAGUCACCGGAUUCAAACCUUUGUGACAAGGCAAAGAUGGCACUGCAGCAGUACCUGGCGUGAUGGGAGCGCCCUGGGCACCUGCAAGCAUCCCACAUCCUUGUUAAAGGAAGUACAGGAACUAGCCUCAUUUGAUUCCUUCUAUUUGCACAAGUCACCUUGGACUGCAGGGAGCUGUUUUGCAAAAGCAAUUUGGUAGGCUUAGAUCUCAAAUUCAUCUUGAGAACAUUUUUUUGAGGUAGUAAUUUCCUCAGAGGACUAUUGUGUUUGUUUUGUUUUUUUCUGAGCUACCUGGACUCUUUAUUAGAACAAUCAAUCAUUUUCCUUUGGACCUACAAUUUUUUGCCUAUGCUGCAGCCACUUUGUGAGUGAGAAUGAAUGUGUCUGUGCACACAGAGGUGUGUGUGUGUGUGUGUGUGUGUGUGUGCACGUGGGUCAAAAUGAAUGGGUGUGUGUGUGAGGGAUACCUCAAAUUUUUCUUUUCUUAUUUUGUGUGAAAAUCUCUUUUCUACAGAUUUUCCAGGGUUUAAGCAUUGCUUGCUGUAUAAAAAACUUUACUGAAUUAUAUACAGUUUGAAUGAAAUGUUAUUUUAAAAACAAAACAAUUGUUAAGUGUUCCAUAAAGGUUAUGUUGAAUUUUGGUCAGAUGAAUAUUUGUAAGUAAAAAAAUAUAUGCAUUUCUGAACCUCAACUUACAUAGAUUUUCUUUAUAAAAAAAAAAAAUUUAAAAAACCACAAAAAAAAAAAAAAAGAAAGAAAGAAAAAGAAAAAAGGUUGGCUGUAGUUGGCCUGAAUAACAGGCAUGAUAUAUGGUGCUGUGCAAAAUAGUAAGCUAGCAUCUUACUGCCGUCAAUAUCAGCAGGUACAGAGCCUCUUUUCAGCCUAAUUCAAUAAGCUCUCAGGCUUCCAAGUCAGAUGGACAGGGUGGAGUGGAGUGAGGCAACAAAUUCACCAUAGGAUUUUUGAACUAUCAAGGGGAAAUAGAACUACUGAUAGUGAAAGCCCAGCCCUGACUCUGGCAGGCUACACUUGACCAGAACCGGGCACCAAGAGCCUCCCAACUGCCCUAAAUCUUGUCAUUGGUGUAGCAAUAUCUGGCAGGAUUUAGAGCCAGUCAUGGAACCUUAUGCUCAAACUAAAGUAGGUCAUCACUUCUGGAAACAAAGUCCGAUCACCUUGUGCUUCCUGAAACAGCAUAUAUCACUGUGAAACUAAAGAAUGCUCUACAGACUCAUCUGUAGAAAGAAGCAAAGAACAGGAUAGUUUAGAAAGCUGUUUUUCUCUUAGCUAUACUCAGCUAAUUCUACUAGUCACUCAGGACCGCUAUUCAGUGUGCUUUUGUAAAGUGAGAUCAAAAUUUGAGUGAGACAUGUGGCUGAGAUCUUUUCCUGCAUGAAGCCCAAAGCACUGAAGUUUGAGCGAGGGAAAGGGACUCUCCCCCGAGGAUGGAAGAUGAUGGCUUCUUUUCCAGUGAGUGCUACUUCACCCUUCUGCAGCCCUUAGCUUGGCACCUGGCUCCAGCUUCUGGGUCAGCUUCAAGGUGAACUCAACAGAGGUUGCUCUUGACUGUUGGAGGAACAACCAGCCUUCCUUUCCUUUGCUAAAAGAAGUUCAGAGGCGUUGUGGCCCGGAAGCUUGCCAUGAGUGUGUGCUACUGGCAGAGCCCCAAGCCUACCAGCCACUCCUGAUGGGAUUGCUCACAGCGCAGCCACCCCAUCACCAACCUGCACCUUCCUUGGAGGAUUUAAAUAUGUUUGAUUGCAAAUGAAUGUUUUUAAGUGUAUUUAAUGCAAUUUUUCCUGUUCUCAACAUGACCACCCAAGAUUCAAACACAGAGAUUUCCAAGUUGUUUUUUUUUCCCCCCCCGAACAUCACCAAUUUAAAAAUCUGUCAUGAGAGAGACUUGGGUUUUAUGCAGCCAUCAGAGUGCUAGUGUGAGAAUACCAGUUUAAAGAAAAUGGAGUUUAUUGGGAAUAAAGCAUUAUUUAGGCCCACUCAUUGAUACUUCUAGUACUGAGAAAAAUAUUGUUGGUUGGCAUUUGUAACACAGAACACUAUAGAGUUGGUAUUUAAAGGUACCAGGUAAAUAUUAAAAGAAACCAAUAAUGAAUUGCUGAGACAAUCUUGAACCCAGAUAGCAUUAGAAAGCUGAAAGCCCAAUGAAAUAACACUUUCACACUUAAACUCUGUGAUAAAUCUUGCCUGUGGCUAUAAAACAGAUAGUCAAAGAAAAAGUGCUUUACUAUAAUUAACUUUUCUGAUUUGAAUGAAGGAAAAAUGUAUUUAUUAAAACAGGUGUUUGCUGCUUUAGACAGGUGCAGUGUUCAGUCAGCAAGGAGGUGGGAGGAAUGGGGCGUGGCCUGUGUCUCCACCCGAGUCCUUCACUAAGCUUCUCGCUCUCUCUAAUACUGCAUUCUGUUUCUCCUUUUGUGCCCUGAUUGUAACCCAAAAUUUAUGAACUAGAAAAGAAUGUCCAAUUUAAUAAGUUGCAUUUUUUUUUUCCUUAAGCACUUUAUGCAGAACAAUACAUGUUCUUCUGGUAGUGUUUGGAUAAUAUGAUUUUAACACAUGCUAAUAAAAGCCAAGAAAACAAAUCAUGGCAACUUCU